AUGCCUUUCGGAAACAGGUCCAAGAAAUACUGGAUCGUGCCGCAAGAAUCCCUUGCGCCUGAUGACCUGGUGCUGGGCAGCAUUCUCAAAAAGCCCAACGACACAAUAGACAUUCUCAAUCGCCGCGCCGUCGUGGCAAUCGACCCGUCGCUUGUUAUUCACGAGCGUGAGCAAGUCACCAAAAGCCUCGGCGACGCCGUUGAUUCCGGCUUUGGGGCAGGUAUCGGCGCCUCGUCGGUCCUCGCCGCCAUCCUCGGAGCAUCCCCCACGCUUGAGGGGAAAUGGGCCACAGGCGUGUCCGACAACAUUGAGGCAACGAGGGUUCGCGCUCAGCAUUUCGUGCCACCAGCAGAAUAUGUCAACAAAGCGCUGCGAACACAGGAAAUGGACAGCUACGUGCGACAGUCAUUUUUCAGUGCACCGGUUUACAUGGUCGUUGGGGUUGCGAUAGCCAGCACAUUGACGCGGACGGCGAAUGCUUCAGCAGACAGGGGAGGCAAGGCCGGUGUUGGCUUGGGCCCGCCAGGAACAGGUGUCGAAGUCUCCGCCGACCUGUCGGCAAACAGGAACACCAAGUCCAGCUACCACGACUCCGUCGAAGGCGACGUCGUGCUGGCAUACCGGCUGCGGCGAUUCCGCUACUCCAAGAGGCGGGACGAGUUCGUCAAAAAUGACGAGGACGAGACGAAACACGCACGAUACGGCACGGAUGAGGAUGAUGCCCCACAGAGCGAAGACGACGAAGGUGUCAACGAGGUCGCUGUCUUCUCGUUUUUUGAUGGCGAGGAUGUUGAGGCUGGCGAUGCCGGCCUGCAAGGGUUUGCGGAGGAAGAUGGCAGCGACGAGUAUUCUGAUUCGAGCGAUGAUUGA